CCCCCCACACCCCCUCUCCCCCCGCGGAUCAUCCAGAGGUUUCGAUGGUGUUUUCGCGGCCCCGGAGCUGCUGUGAGGGAGAGGCCCGGAGCCGCCAUCACCACAGCCACACCGCUGUGUUACUUGCCCAGUGACCUAAAGUGACCUUGCUCUUCCUUGUCGUGUAGUCUGCCGUUAAUCUGUCUUUAACAAGAAGUUGCCCAAGGGAAGUGCCUCAGAAUGUGUCAUUAGACGAUUCAUCAAAGGCUUACCCUCGAGUGACCUCAUGGUUUUGAGUGGGACCAAAGAUGAGUAUAAGCAGUGAUGAGGUCAACUUCCUGGUAUAUAGAUAUUUACAGGAGUCUGGUUUUUCACAUUCAGCGUUCACAUUUGGUAUAGAAAGUCACAUCAGUCAAUCCAAUAUAAAUGGUGCCCUGGUGCCUCCAGCAGCUCUGAUCUCCAUCAUACAGAAAGGUUUACAAUAUGUGGAGGCUGAAGUCAGCAUCAAUGAGGAUGGCACACUGUUUGACGGGAGGCCGAUUGAAUCGCUCUCUUUAAUUGAUGCUGUAAUGCCUGAUGUGGUGCAGACGAGACAACAAGCGUACAGGGAUAAGCUACAACAGCAGCAAGCUGCUACAGCUGCCCCCACUGUUACAGCAGUCAAUCAACAAGGAGCAGCGAAGAACGGGGAGAAUACUGCAAACGGAGAGGAGAAUGGUGGACACACAGUCACCAAUAACCAUACAGACAUGAUGGAAGUUGACAUUGAUGUGGAAAUUCCACCCAACAAAGCUAUGGUUUUGCGUGGCCACGAAUCAGAAGUCUUCAUAUGUGCGUGGAAUCCUGUCAGUGAUCUCUUGGCAUCUGGAUCUGGAGAUUCGACAGCUCGCAUCUGGAAUCUGAGUGAAAACAGCACUGGUGGCCCCACCCAACUCGUACUCAGACACUGCAUCAGAGAAGGAGGGCAAGAUGUACCGAGCAACAAAGAUGUUACGUCUUUAGAUUGGAAUAGUGAAGGCACACUUCUAGCAACAGGGUCUUAUGAUGGGUUUGCAAGGAUAUGGACAAAAGAUGGUAACCUUGCCAGUACGUUGGGUCAACAUAAAGGGCCGAUAUUUGCAUUAAAAUGGAAUAAAAAAGGAAACUUUAUCCUUAGUGCGGGAGUGGACAAGACGACAAUUAUUUGGGAUGCACAUACUGGAGAGGCCAAACAGCAAUUCCCCUUCCACUCGGCCCCGGCCCUAGAUGUUGACUGGCAAACCAACAACACGUUUGCUUCUUGCAGUACAGACAUGUGUAUCCAUGUCUGUAAAUUAGGUGCGGACAGGCCCAUCAAGACAUUCCAGGGACACACGAAUGAAGUGAAUGCAAUCAAGUGGGAUCCAACUGGGAAUCUACUUGCAUCCUGUUCUGAUGACAUGACCUUAAAGAUCUGGAGUAUGAAGCAAGAUACGUGUGUCCAUGAUUUACAAGCGCACAACAAGGAAAUAUACACCAUUAAGUGGAGUCCAACAGGACCUGGUACUAACAAUCCUAACGCCAACCUUAUGCUAGCAAGUGCAUCAUUUGACUCCACUGUGCGGCUAUGGGAUGUGGACCGAGGUAUCUGUAUCCACACUUUGACCAAACACCAGGAACCUGUGUACAGUGUAGCGUUUAGUCCGGAUGGCAGAUAUCUGGCUAGUGGUUCUUUUGACAAGUGUGUUCACAUCUGGAACACGCAGACAGGUGCUCUUGUCCAUAGCUACAGGGGAACAGGAGGGAUCUUUGAAGUGUGCUGGAAUGCAGCAGGGGAUAAAGUGGGUGCGAGUGCAUCAGAUGGUUCAGUUUGUGUGUUAGAUCUGCGGAAAUAACGCUGCUAGCUGGAAGCCAUGGACCGACUAUGAAUGUGUACAUAGCCAAAAUGACUGUCCCUGCCCCAUGUACUGCUACAGUCUCACUUGAACCAUGGCCAGUCCACUACAGCCAAAACAGUCCAGAAAGCAGAGCCCAGGAUGGGACAACUGAGCCCUGAUGUGAAAAACACCCCGGACUGCUUAAUGCUGGGAGCUCCACCUCACAAAGAAAAUUCAACCUUUCCUGAAGAUUUAAAAUAACUUUAAGACUUCACACACACACAAGACCAUAUGUGUACCAGAAGCGCAAGGUAGCGGAGGACAAAAUAUCUUUUUUUGGUCCAGAGUCAAUGUAGAACGAAUUAUCUUGUCGGCAGUUCAGCAGAUUUGUGUGCACAUAUCAGCUUCUUUAAAUCAGCAGCAAAUAGUUUGUUCCCUUGUUUUAAACAUUGUUUUUACCACUUUAGUUUACAGUUGCAUGAAGUAGGAGAGUGACUGUUCCUUCUUUUCUUGCUCUUCCCCACCCACCCCCCCAGCCCGCCCGUCCCAUCUUACAUUUACAGAACACACAAUUAGAACAAACUUUUUUUUAUGGAUACAGUGAGUAAGAUAACCGUGUGUUUGGUAUGAUUUUUUGGGGGGUACAUUUUCUUAAUCACAAAGUUCAAUAUGUGGGAAAACAUCGAACCAACCGCUCCAAAACUUGAAUUAAAAUUAGUUUUCAUUGUACAUCAGUCAUAGAUAAACAAGCGUGGUUUUACAGGUGAUGUGGCAAAAAAAUUAGUAGUUUUUCAAUGGGGACAUGAUUCUGCCGAUUUAUAAUAAGUGAACAAAUGGGCACAAGGACAGAGAAUCGCUGCAGGACUGGAUGGACGCUCCUCUUUGCUUUAAGACCAUAGUUUGCGUAUGGUUGGAUUUGUGCACUAUUGUUAGAGCAGCUUAUAUAGAAUUUUGAAAAAUAACUUCUGGACACAAGAUUUUUGCUGUUCUACUUUCUUUGGUAGAGCUACAAGCAUCAAUUUCAGUAUUCCAGUAUUAAUGACUGAUAUCUCGUAAGCAAAGGUUUUAAAUCCUAUCCCAGUGCAAUGAGAUACCACCCCCUCACCCCCACCCCUGCCGUUAGGCAGAAAUCAUGCAGGCAUAUAUUUUAUGUUGAUGCUAAGGCAAGAGUUGACUUGCUUUUAAAACCUAAUUUCCUCAGACAUGGGUUCAUCUCAGCUCAGCUCUCUGACACACUUGCACUUCCUGUGUGCAGUGAAGGACAGGUGUUAAACUUGCAAUAGCUUUUUUUUUAGAAUAAAGUAUGUUAUUCUAUAAAGUAUAGAAUAUCUGGGCUUUUAAACCUCAGGGGACCCUUCUUCAGACAGUGAAGUGGCUAAAUAUUUCUGCUAAAAGAAACUCGAUUACUUUUUCACAUGAAGAAAAGAUGUUUGAGGUUUCAAAUUCGUGGAUGUAAUGCAUUAUAUAAAGUCAGUUUAACAAAGGUAUUCUUCUGCUUCCCAUGUCCCAUACAGUAACAGGUUACAGGAACAAGGUUGUUGCAAUUAUUUCAUAUCAUCACCUGGGCUCUUAUUUUGACACUUGGAAAGAAAAUUUUUGUAACAAAAGUAAUGGUUUUGUUGUUGGAAGACGAUUUUGCCUCGACAGUGUCAUUCAAGUGAAGUCAUUUGGGACGGCUUCCAGAUAACGUUCUGUAAACCAAGAACUACUACAGACACAGGUUUCCCUUCCCCAUGGAUAUCCUUCUGGACCAGUAAGAUCAGAAUGGCUUUUAGACAUCUAUUAUGGCCUUUCUGGUAUGUGUAGAUAGGCGAAUAAUUGAACAGGUUUGUCUUGUCUCACUUAUAAAUGGAAACCCAUCAGUUGUUUAUGAUCCUAUACGAGUAGGUUUCACCAUAUCCCGGUGACAGGCUUUAUCAUUCUCAAAAUGUUACCCUUUCUUGCUAAGUUUGUUGUGAAGUUGACCUUAAAGUAACGAGUCCUCUCCUAUAUAAAAACUGAUGCAGUUAACAUGUACACUGACUGCAUUGCUGGUGGAUGUUUGCAGUGGGUGGCGUAAGGUUUGCAGGAGAAGGGUUUGUUGCCCAGUAUUUUCUGGCUGGGUUGCAAGAAAAUAAAUGCUGACGUUUUAUUUUUAGUAGCAGUGAGUCCUUAGGCUCCUGCAAACCAUUGUACCUUUGGUGGGGUGUCCAGUCCUGGAGAAAACAAGACCAGAACGAUGUUUUACAGACAACAGCGGCAGAGUUGCUGUUCUCUUGAUGUGGCUGGUGUCCUGCCAUUUUUUAUUUUUAUUUUAAAUUGCCAGAGUGAUGUUGAGGUGGCCUUUACCUGAUUUCAUUUUGUGCGUCAUGAAUGGUUGGGAGUUACCACUGCUAGGCUUAAGGGCAGGCGGGUACCCAUGGAAAAACAUUGGGCAGUGUUUGAACUGCCCGUGUGUGAGAACGGGGGGGGGGGGAAUUAUCUGAGAUGGUAAUUGUUGUUUCACAUCAGCCAGAUAUGACCUGGAUAAUUCCACACUUCUGCUGAUCAGCAGGUUUGUUCCUAAUCACUUUACUGGUGGUAAGUGCACAUAGACUUUGACGAUCAGAGGCUCUUGCUCAUAUCUUCUGCUGGGACUUUGGGACUGAGAACUGAACAGAAACCAUUGUGAUGACAAUUUUAAAAAAAUAGAUUUUUUUUGAACUACCUGAAGUGAGAGUAAUUAAAAACUGUCGUCCUUUCCCUUUGUUUAAACCAAUAUUGAUUGGAUAUACAUCACUGACGUAACUGUUGCUCACCUGUUCGAUUGCAAGUGCUGUGUUUAUUUCGGAGGGGCUGCAAAUGAAACCGGAGAGUUGGAGCGAGUGAAGUGUUUAGGUUGGUGAACACGGCGUUUGGUGCAUUCAGUGCUGCGGGAGAUCGAUCGCACACCAACUCUCUAAGCACUGGAUUUAACAUGUUUGCAUCAUUUCUACAGUUCUCACAAAUUAAGAUUUAAAAAAAAUUGUGAACCUGUAAACCAGGCCAUGAAAGGUUUUUUUCUACUCUUUGAACUCUAUUGUUCUGUUUUAUUUGUACCUGUUUUAAAAAAAAACUGAUUUUGAUGUACCAUGCUGUCCUGGACCAUGUAAAUAUCAUCUGAUAAUGUAUUUGGGUUCCACAUCACAUUAAUGAUUUGCCCUUGGCCCUCGCCCUCCCCUUCCAUCACCUCCCCCCCCACACGUAUGACCACCAAGGCACAUCCUCUGUUGCAGCUUCCCUUUGCAUUGUACUGAUCUGACGACCAUAAUUUGCAUCAGAUCUGAAAGAGGUCCAGAAUAAAAUAUAUUUUGAUAUUA